AUGGCCUCGUCACUGUCUCCGUCUCCGUACGACUACAUCAUCGUCGGAGGCGGCGUUGCCGGGCUCGUCCUGGCGUCGCGACUGUCCAGAAUCCUCCCGCCUUCAGAUACCAAACAGAUUCUCGUCCUCGAGGCAGGGACAGACCCCUCGACCACCGACCAUAUCUUGACGAGCCAAGGCGCGCAUCUGGCUCGCGAGUCCCCUCACUCGUAUCAGCUCGCCAUCUCACCCAAUCGGCACCUCAACGGACGCGGCGCAACCGCGCCGGUCGGCAAGGCGCUGGGUGGCUCCGCGGCGAUCAAUGGGGGUGCUUGGACGAGGGGACCGAAAAGUGACUACGAUCUGUGGGCAAAGGUCGUGGGCGACGACAGCUGGGGCUAUGAUGCCCUUCUCCCCUAUAUGAAGAGGGUGGAGAGUGUAGUGUCGCCAGAGGGUGUGGAGAUGGAUGAAAGCCAGCACGGACACGAUGGACCAUUAAAGCUCACCCCGAUCCGGUCUCUGUGGCCAGCGAGGAAGUACCCCCUGAGGGAAUCAAUUCAAAAGAUGUGGGAGGAGGCAGGGGCCAGGUACAUCCCUGACGGCAAUGCAGGUGAUCAGAAUGGCCUGAUCGAAUUUGUCGAGGUCUGGGUCAACAGCGUCAGACAGCUACCGAGCAAAAUCUUCGAUUUGACAAAGGUGGACAUUCGGACCACGAGUACGGUACAGCGCGUCACCUUCUCGGGACAAGACCAGCCUAUUGCAAAUGGCGUCGACCUUGUCGGCGGCGAGCACCUGGUCGCGAAAAAAGAGGUCAUUGUCUGCGCCGGGGCGUACCACAGCCCCCAAGUUCUCAUGCUCUCUGGGAUAGGCGACCCUGACGAAUUGGCAAAGCACGGCAUAGAGCCCAUUGCCCCGAAUCGCGCAGUUGGCAAAAACCUCACAGAUCAUUUGGCCAUGGGGCUGACCUGGAAACUAGAGCAUCCGGAAAAGGGGCUGUCCAUCGGGUCGCCACUGUUCAACGACCCUUCAUAUUUCGCCGGGUGGCCGGUGGAUUUCAUGAUGUUCGGGCCUUUAGACCAGCUAGCGAAACUGGAACCUCUGAUCAAGACUCAGGAAGACAGAAACCUUGUACUCAGGCCGGAUGCGUCCCAUACGGAGAUUGUCACGCUCUACGUGGCCAUUGGCAAGAGGCUCACGGGUAUCGACGUACCACUGGACGGGAGCUAUAUUAGCACCAUCGUCUGCUUUCUGACACCUACAUCCCGAGGUUCCAUCACUUUGAGGUCGGCCAACAUCGAGGAUCCGCCGGUAAUUGACGUGAAUUUCUUCGAUACUGAUGUGGACAGGGCUGGCCUCCGAGAGGCGCUUCGGAAAGCGGCAUCAGUCCAUCUUGGCACCGAGGCUGGGAGGUCCUUUAUAUCCCAUGAAGUUGCACCAGAGGGAUACGCGUGUAUCAUGGACGCAACGGACGAGGAAAUCGACAAGCGAAUUGCUGAUUUUGGAUAUAGUCUUGACCACCCGACGAGUAGCUGCGCGAUGGGCAAAGCCGUGGACAGUCAUUGUCGCGUGGUGGGCGUCAAAGGCUUGAGGGUCGUCGAUGCCAGUGUAUUUCCGAUCCCGAUGGCGUGUCACCCUCAGUCUGUGGUCUAUGCAAUGGCUGAGAGGGUUGCAGACUGGAUCGGUCAAGGGGAUUAG